GCUCUUUCUUCUUCCUCCUCUUCCUCCUCCUCCUCCUCCUGCUGCCGCUGCUGCUGCCGCUGCAGGGAAAUCAGAUACUGUUGCUGCAUUGGCAUCACUGUAGAACGUUCUCGGUGACGGCGCCUCUUCCAUCUCCUUCUCCAUCUCUGCUUCUUGAAGCGUACCAUGGCGAAAACAGCCGCGCCGUCCGGCGGCGCUCUGGCAGAACAAACUGUACAUCGAUCAGAGCUCCUGAAAGGUGAAAAGAUGGCUGCACCCUCCAUCACACUGUUCCCUGAAAAGAAAUCACCCACGAACGGACACGGCUCUCCAGGACGAGCUGGGAAAACUAUCAUUCCAGCUCCGUCACACACCGAGAAAAAGCCACACGUUAACGGACAGGCGUCUCCGUCUCACCUGGCCGCGAACCACGCAGCUAAACAACUUGUGGACGGUUACAUGAAGACAGACGACAGGAUGAGAUUAGCCAAAGAGCGACGCGAGGAGAAGGAGAGAAGCCUGGCGGCCCGGGAGCAGCUGAUGAGGGAGAAGGACCGCAGAGCUCGGCUGCAGUACGAGCGUACGGUGGAGGAGCGAUGGAGACGCCUGGAGGAGCAGAGGCAGAAAGAGGAGCAGCGUAGAGCUGCAGUGGAGGAGAAGAGGAGGCAGCAGCUGGAGGAGGAGAGGGAGCGACUGGACGCCCUGAUGAAACGGUCUCUGGAGCGAAGCCUUCUGCUGGAGCAGAGGGGCAAACGGUGGAGCAGGGGCUGCACCAACGGAGCAGGUGACAGUGAGAAUGCCCCACUCCCUUUCUCUGCUGCCUCCGCCUUUUCCCAUGGCAUUGCCUCCCCCCUUCCUGCUGUCAGCGAAUCUGCACCCUGCAGUCCUCACAGGUCACCAUUCGGCACCACACUGACCUCUGCAGAUCACAGUAGACCUGGUCUUCAGGGAGGCUCUCAGUCCACACCCAACACCCCCAAGAAACAGCGUCUGCGCAGAGAGAGAAGAACGGCAUCGCCUGGAUACGGAUCUCCUGUCAGAAGACCAGAAUCCCCAGCGUGUGUGUCCAAGCAGUUGGCCUCACCCACUACCUCCAAGUUGACGUCGAAGGUAAGGCCCCAGUCUCCCAACGCUGCACACCAGAACUUCUCUCCUACAAGACCUCGACCAAACGAGAAGAUGGAGAGACACGUUGAAGAACCCGCAGCUGAGACCGGGCUGAAAAAGAGUUCCAACACGAGCAGCACAACUCCAACCACGCCACAGGCCGGCGGUGAAACCCCUAAAGUCAAACCAUCCUCUGAGCGGCACCUCAGAGAGGACACACACACGAAGAAUCAGUCUCCUGACAGAAAGGAUCAAACAGUUCCCAGAGCGGACUCUUCAGAGAAGAAGACUCCGAACAACAACAACGCUCCGGACGGAGACGGUAAAACUGAAUCAGCGACGCAGGCGGCGAGAGCAGCAGCCGGCACCACCAGUGCUGAGGAGGCCACCAGGCUGCUGGCAGAGCGCCGACGUCAGGCCCGAGCUCAGAAAGAACUGGAAGAGAAGAAACAGGAACAGGAGAAAGAGGAACGGCUUAAGGAGGAGCAGUUAAGGAACCAAACGCUGAAGGAGAAGAGACAGCCGGACGUGAAACAUCAACCUGUAGAGGAGAAGAAGAAGAAAAAUGAAGGAGAGGAUCUUCACAGACUACAACAACAGAAGGAGGAGAAGGAGAAGGAGAAGGAGAAGGAGAAGGAGGUGUUUCACACACAGAUGGACAAAGAGAAAGACAAAUCCAAAGUCCAACCUCAGGAGGACACAGAGCGUCAGCGACAAGACAGAGACAUGCAGACACAACAAGAAGAGGAGCGGCAACUCAGAAAAAAGAGAAUCGAGGAGAUCAUGAAGAGAACCAGGAAGGUUGAAGCCGACCUGAAGAAGGAAGAAGAGGCGCUGACCCGGUCAGUCUCACCGCCAGGGGUUGUAAAGACGGUUCAGUCUAGCACUCAGGUGAUUCAGCAAACCUGCAAAAAGGUUGAGUUUCAGGUCAAAGAGGUGGUCACUGUGGUCCAGGCCAGCACCAAGGACAGAGGUCCGGUCAGUAGGGAAGCGGUGUCAGCAAAAGGAGCACAGCAAAUGGAGAGUCACAAGAGUGUCCAUGUUCGAAGCAGCACUCAUCAUCAGGUGACGUCAGCAGACCACGUCGCCGAGAAGAGGCCGGACUCCAAGGGAACCAGCAAAGAGCUCGUCGGCCCGGGGGGUAAAACCUGCGCUGUGGAGCACCGCAGAAAAGAGGUGGCAAAUAAUGUCAAUCAGCAGCACACAGACCAUAAGAAAACAACAGUCCAAAUGAACAAGGAGACGACAAACGUGAAAGCAGAAGCCAAAGCCAAACCACAGCAGGGCGGCGUGAUGAACGGAGCUGUGGAGGGGAAAGGAAGUUCCUUGAUGAGCGGACGAGCGACGGCAGAGAAAAACAAACAUCAGAGCUCGCACCUGUCAGCGGCGGCAGGAAGUCACAAAGGAGGAUCCCAGGUGGAGGCCAUUAGACCCUCAGUGCCCCCCCUGCUGGUAAGACACCUGUCACCACCCGUCAUUAAGCUGGAGCCACUGGAUGUGAAGGGGACAGGGUCAUGUAAUGAGGUGCAGGCAAUGGAGAUCAGCCCUUCUUCAAAGGAGGAGUUAAUCUCAAUCCCCAGGUUCUCGCCGGUGAACGAGAUCCAGCCGGGCGGCCUGAGUAACGCCCGCGCUCUGGAGGAUCUCAUGGACCUGACGGGCAGCGUCACGUACCAAAGAACCUCCUCUGAAAUCAACCUGGGCGACUGCAACAAGAACCUGAUCGAGGGUGUGGUCAGCCCCGUCACAGACUCUAAGCUCCUCGGAGUUUCACCUUCAUCGUCAAAUAAACUUAACAUCAAGUAAAGCAUCAGAUCUCACCCACACACCUCCAUCGCUUGCCUGUUCUCUCCGUACCCUCGUAGAAAAAAAAUAAACCUCUGUGUUGUUAUAUACGUUGAAGGAAAUAGAGCCAUAAAAAUAUUAUCGUAGCUUAGACUAGAAAAUUGAAAGCCACUUAUUUUCAGUAAAACGUCUUGGCGUAAGGACAGCUGUGAUCGUCAGAGAGUGUGUGGAAUAUUCUUCUUCCUCUUUUUCUUCUUAUUCUGACUGAUGACUGAUUUGGCCAAAGUCUUUUUCUGCCUCCACCUCAACCAUCUGCCCCACUUGCCCCUCUAACUUAACCUCCACACUGCUCCACUCAUCAUUCUCUAAAGAUUAUAGUCUCAUUUAUGAUAUUUCUACCUCUACUCUAAACCCAUCUGCCACUCAGACAGCACAGCACACUCCCCUAUUGUAUUGCCCUGCACCACAUUUACAUACUUUUCUGCCACUCCCAAUCUUCUAAUUCUUCCACUAUAUCCUACUUGCUGACGAAGGGACUAGAGGCUGUAGUUCUCUCCUUGGCCACACUCUUGACUUAUCACGGUUUGAAGCUACUGUUCAGUUUCAAGCACGAUCCAACGUCCGAAGUCAUUCAGUGGCAGUAGCUGAAAGGAGAAGCAUGAUUGUCUCGUUACCAUAAUAGUCAGAUUCUCAAUACUUAAAAAAAUACUUUGCAGGCAGUACUGUAUUACUCAUGCAUGUACAGAUGAUUGACUCAAACAUAAUAGGACUAAAUCCAGUGUCGGAUCAUCUACGUUUAAGGACCUUUCUCUCUGCGAUAGCUAAUUUAGCAAGUUCAUUUUAGGAACUUCAACAACUUUCAGCUGUGACUUUCCAUCUGCACAUACAGUAGUGUGAAGUCUAGCCCAAAGCUUUUGGCCUGAAUGUUAUUGCACAUUUUAUUAAAAUCAUCAGUAGUCAUGAAAAAAAAUGCACAACAUCAUCACCACAUGCUUGACAACGCCUGACUUUAACUUUGCACAUGUAGAGCCCGUGAAUAAUAUUAAAGUCAACUUGAAUCAUUUAACGAUUUUAUUUAUUUAUUUAUUUAUUGGUGGGUCGAGCACCAGAGUACGUUUGUUCAGCNNNUUUGUCUGCCCUAAAGCGAUGUAAAGGCUGUUCAAGGCACCUGGUGUCUGUAAACUAAGACAAACAACAACAAAGUUUCUGUCAAUAAAUAUCCAGUGUUGAAUCGACUGAACUUGAAUGAAGUUUUUGUGCCACAGUUUUCGUACCGAUGUUUUUCUUGAGCUGGAUGAUACCUCUUUGUCUUGUUUUUGCUGCAUUCCUUGUCAUCAUUUAAAGAAUUCCCUAAAGCUGUAAUUAUUACUUCUUCUUUUUUGGAACAUUUGUUCUGCUUUUAUGUCAUGUAAAAAUAUAUUUCUUUAAAAAAAAUGCCUUAUGGACAGGUGUCAUGUGUGAGCUGAGACACUUGAACCUUGGUUUAAAAGUAAAAUUACACCCAGCUGCAGGUAUGAGUUUGCACAAUGGAACAUCGGCACAGGUUUGUGUUCCUCAGACUCAUUGCUUUCUAAGGCUUUGAGUUGUUGUCUGUGAAGAAGCCGUACUAGUCAUGGAAAAUUCAUUGUUAUUGUAAAAGCAAUCAGGAUCAACUCCUUAAGUAAUGUAAUUUCUGUAGACAUUGUGCACGGUUAGCAUGUUCAUGACAAAGCUACUUGGAACAAUAAAAGUACAUUUUAAGUUCUGUA